CGGCCUAACGACUUUCCUGCUUAGCAAGAAGCUCACACUGGAGACGCGCAAGCGAGAUGGCCUGCUCCUCGACAUGAUCGCUAACAUUAGCGGCCAUUUGGAUCAACUUGACAGCAGCUUCGAUGACAUCGCCGCGCAGACGGGAAUUGCGCGGAAUCGCUUGCUACGACUGGUUGCGCUCCAUCGAGAAAAUCUCUUGGUAUGUGCGUUACUCGGCGAGAAAUGGAGACAAAAGCAAAUGCUCAGCAUCGGAAAACCGAUGACGAUGAUGACGAAGAGAAGAAAACGACGUCGACGGUUCAUCGUAUCGCACUAUCAUCGAUAAUCGAUGUCCGAGAGAUUUUUAUCAGACGUGUUAGAAAAUAUGGGAGAUAUAAUUAGAUCAACAUAGUCAUAAAAUCGCUCAGAGACAAAGUGCGAGUUUCUCCCAACAUAAAAGGCUCCCCCUCUUGUUUUCUCGAUCAUAACUUCGUACUUGGACGAUGGCUUCGUAAUUCAUCGCGACUCGCGCGAGUUCAGCGAGUCUCGACGAAUAUCUUCGACGGAAAUUCUUCGGUUUCUCUCUCGAACGACGUUACACCGAUCAUACGAGAUGGCGGAAAAAAAAGCGUGUUCCGGGCCAGGUUACAGGAGCCCAAAGGUGGCGAUGCUCGAAGGACCUCGCGAGAAACUUUUGUACGUCAUUGGCAUACAUACGAACCCUGACAAGGCCGAUGUUCUCUGUACGGUGGAUGUGGAUCCCGAUAGUCCAACGUAUUGUCAGAUAAUACACAAAUUGAGAAUGCUAAUGGCCGGCGACGAGUUACAUCACUCUGGCUGGAAUAUUUGUAGCAGCUGUCACGGAUUGUCCGGUCGUAAACGUGAUACGCUGGUGUUGCCAUGUAUUAUGUCGGACCGGGUGUAUCUGGUUGAUACGAGCAAUGAGAAAAUGCCCAGAAUUAAAAAGGUUUUCGAACCGGAAGAGAUGCACAAACACGGGAUAUCCACACCGCAUACUUCCCAUUGUCUGCCAAACGGAGAGAUAAUCAUUUCUACCAUGGGAAAUCUUAAUGGUGAUGGAUUGGGUGAAUUUUUCUGCAUCGAUGCAGAGACCCUACGAACGAAAGGCACAUGGACCAAGAGUCAAGAAAAAGCAGCUUUCGGAUAUGAUUUUUGGUAUCAACCAUAUCACGAUACACUCAUCGCUACAGAAUGGGGUGCACCUAGAGUUUUUAAGAAGGGAUUUAUUCCGAAGGAUAUUCAUGACCCCAAGAUCUAUGGCAGAAGUUUGAACAUUUACUCGUGGAACGAACGGAAAUUAAAACAAAUCAUUAAUUUGGGAGAUGACGGAAUUGCACCUCUUGAAAUAAGAUUCCUUCAUGAUCCGUUGGCAGCCGAAGGAUUCGUCGGUUGCGCGGUAACGUCGAAUAUUUAUCGAUUUUAUAAAGCGAAGGAUAAUUCGUGGAAGGUCGAAAAGGUGAUCCAGGUACCAUCGAAAAAAGUCGAGGGAUGGAUCAUGCCUCUGAUGUCAGGUAUGAUCACCGAUAUUCUGCUGAGUCUGGACGACAAGUAUCUGUAUCUGUCUAAUUGGUUGCAUGGCGACGUUAGACAAUAUGACAUUUCCGAUACGAGAAAUCCGAAAUUAACGGGUCAAGUCUUCUUAGGAGGUUCAAUACUGAGCGAUUCGCAGAUACGUGUGAUACAGGACGAAGAAAUGAGCAGUCAGCCCGAUCCCGUCUACGUGAAGGGACGUAGAUUGUAUGGUGCGCCGCAAAUGUUGCAACUAAGUUUGGACGGACGUCGUUUAUAUGUAACUACGUCGAUUUUUAAACCAUGGGACAAACAGUUUUAUCCCGAGCUCCUCAAAUAUGGAUCAACGAUGGUAAAACUUGAUAUCGACGUAGAGAAGGGCGGAAUGAAGCUCGACCGUCAAUUUCUCGUUGAUUUCGGCACUGAUAAAAGCGAUAUUUUACUGGCACACGAAAUGAGAUAUCCUGGUGGAGAUUGCACCUCCGAUAUAUGGCUGGCAGAGAAACCUUAACUUUAAUGAUUGGACUGGACGUAGAGUCGAAGGCAUUUCAAAUCUGUGAAACUAAUAAUAAUGCAGUAGCUUAUAUUAUAGUAUCGUAAUUUCGAUUUUUCUCCGAUGAAAUCUCUCGGAUCUUUAUCAUGUAGAAAAUUAUUCAGAAAUGUUCUUUCGAUAAGGAUAAGAAAUAUGGGUGACAGAGGUAAAUUAAUAAAGAAUACUCACAGUAUA